AUGACAAACACCAAGCCUCUCCUAGCCUUUUACGGUGCAACAGGUGGUUCCACCCUUGCAGCACUUGUGCCCGCUCUCAAAGCCGGCUACGAUUGCACUGCUCUCGUCCGCACCCCCUCCAAACUCACCGCCCUCCUUCUCGAAAAAGCCGUCCCACAAUCCGCCAUAGACACCCACCUCACCAUCUCCAAAGGCGACGUCUUGAACACCCAAGACUGCAGGGGAACCCUGACCCUCCACGGCCGUACCGCCGACAUCGUCAUCUCCGGCAUCGGCGUCCCCCCCACAGGCCCCGAAAUCACAGUCUGCACCACCACCGCCAACAACAUCCUCUCCGCCCUCCCGACCCUGCCCCCGACCGCAUCCGGGAAGAAAGCCCUCUUCGUCGCCCUCUCCACCACCGGCGUGUCGGACGGACCGCGCGAUGUCCCGCUCCUGUUCGCGCCGCUGUAUCAUUGGUUCUUGGCGAAUCCGCACCAGGAUAAGAGAAAGAUGGAGAAGGCGAUUGGGGAACAGACGGAUAACUUUGUGAUUGUGCGUCCGAGUCUUUUGACGAAUGGAAAGGCGCAGGGGGGGAGGAAGAUUAAGGUUGGGACUGAGGGGGAGCCGGUCGUUGGGUAUGUGAUUAGUAGGGAGGAUGUGGGACUUUGGAUGUUUGAGAAUCUGGUGCAGGGUGAUGGGGCUAGGUAUGUGGGGCAGAAGGUUAUCAUUACUCAUUGA